UUAGGGUUUCAUAUUUGCGUUUGAAUCUUCUCUAUCAGCUCAAACAAAGACACGAUGAUUUACGACGUUAACUCCCCUCUUUUUCGAUCCUUCCUCAGCCAGAAGGGAGGCUCCUCAGACAAGAGGAAAAACGAGGAGCAGAAGCCUAAAGAACAAAGAUUCAAAGCCAACGAGAACAAGCCUGUUAUGACAGAGUGAUGACAGCAAUGGUCCAUUCCGUUGUAGAAUGAAAUAGCAUGGUAGUUUGUUAUUUUACUGGUUCUAUAAAAUGGAAGAUAUUUUUGGUUGUUUUUUGAUGAUAUAUAUGGCGUGGUAACUUUAGAGUGUGUUAUUGUAAUGGUUUGAUUUUGGUUAUGAUUUCCAUGAACCUGUGAUAAACAUAUAUUGGCUUUAUGCAAUGAAGGUACUUGUUUAAAAGCUUA